CCUUCUCUCUCUCUCUCUCUCUCUCUCUCUGUGCCACAGAAACCAGAGGAGAAGAGAUCCAGGAUUCCAAGCGGAGUAGAAGACGGGUAGACUUCACCCACACAGCUCGACCACCAUGGAGACACCCCGGGUCCCUUUUAUGCUGUUUUGGCUCAUGUGGGGCCACUCCUGUGCUGUCGGCGGAAAAGGCAGACAACCUGCAUUGUCAGCUGUGCUGCUGGUAGUGCCAACCAGACCCGUCCAAACUCUUCUGUCUGGCCGUGUGUCCAGGAAUACCUUGAACAAGCACAAGCCAUGGAUAGAGGCGUCUUACCAUGGAGUGAUCACAGAGAACAUGGACACGGUGCUGCUGGACCCUCCGCUUGUAGCUCUAGACAAGGACGCCCCGGUGCCCUAUGCUGGGGAGAUUUGUGCCUUUAAGGUGUAUGGCACAGAUGCUCCAUUUGAGGCGGUGGUGUUGAAUCGUACAUCAGGAGAAGGAGUGGUGAGAGCCAGCAGCCCAGUGGACUGUGAGAGCCAGAAAGAGUACACCUUCAUCAUCCAGGCUUACGACUGUGGGGCCGGAGCCAACGGGGCAGACUGGAAGAAAUCACACAAAGCGGUGGUUCACAUCCAGGUGGAUGAUGUCAAUGAGUUUAGCCCUGUGUUCAGGGAGAUGCUGUACAAGGCAUCAGUAACAGAGGGCAAGAUCUACGACAGCAUUUUACAGGUGGAAGCUUGGGACCAAGACUGUUCACCACAGUACAGCCAAAUCUGCAACUAUGAGAUUGUGACUGCAGGGACGCCAUUUGCCAUAGACCGCAAUGGUAACAUCAGAAACACAGAGCGGCUGAGCUAUGACAAGCAGCAGAGCUACAAGAUCAUGGUGACGGCCUUUGACUGCGGUCAGAAGAGGGCAAAGGAGGAUGUGGCAGUGCAUAUUGAUGUCAAGCCUGUGUGCAAACCCGGGUGGCAAGGUUGGAACAAGCGGGUGGAUUAUGAGCCAGGGACUGGAAGCAAGCAGCUGUUUCCCAAGAUGCACUUGGAGACAUGUGGAGGUCCCCUGUCUGGCGUGAAGGCGAUGGUGGAGCUGCAGACCAAUCACAUUGGGAAGGGCUGCGACCGAGAAACAUACUCUGAGAAGUCUCUGCAAAAACUCUGUGGUGCAGCAUCCGGCAGCACUGACCUCCUUCCUGCCCCCAGCCCGUCCACAAACUGGACGGCGUCCCUGCUGACUGACAGCGGCCGUGAGAGCGACCUCAUCUACCGCUUCGACGGGCGUCAGGCUGCCAAUGUCCCUGAUCACGUGGUACCCCAAAACCUGACAGACCAGUUCACCAUUGCAACGUGGAUGAAACACGGACCUAGUCCAGGAGUCAGAGCAGAGAAGGAAACUUUACUGUGUAACUCUGACAAGACAGAAAUGAACCGCCACCAUUACUCUCUGUAUGUUCAUAACUGCCGCCUGGUGUUUCUGCUCAGGAGAGAUUUCACUCAGGUUGACGCUUUCAGACCUGCAGAGUUCCACUGGAAACUGGAGCAGAUCUGUGACAAAGAGUGGCAUUAUUAUGUUAUCAAUGUGGAGUUUCCUGCGGUCACUCUGUUUGUGGAUGGUGUGACCUAUGAACCCUACCUGGUGACAGAUGACUGGCCCAUCCACACCGCAAAGAUUGAUACGCAGCUGACUGUGGGUGCCUGCUGGCAAGGUGGUGAGGUCACAACCCCGAGGUUCACUCAGUAUUUCCAUGGCAGCCUGUCAGGUCUGACAAUCCGACCGGGCCGUAUUGAAACCCAGAAGGUUAUCUCCUGUUUGCAGGCGUGCAAAGAAGGCCUGGAUAUCAACUCCCUUGAAAGCCUUGCGAAGGACAUCAAGUUCCACUUUAACCCGGCUCAGUCUGUACUUGUGGUGGAGGGAGAGGAUUUGGACAGCAUCAACACGGCCAUGACCAAAGUGUCCUACAUCAACUCUCGUCAGUUCCCCACAGCGGGACUCAGACGUCUGCAUAUUACCACCUCAGUGCAGUGCUUUGGAGAGGACACGUGUCUCUCCAUUCCUGACAUCAAGUCAGUAGUCAUGGUCCUUCCACCCAGUGAACCAAGAAUCACCAUUAUGGGAUCUAAUCGGCUCGUCAGGCCUGCUGGUGACUUGCGGGGCCCGCUGGGUGUGGCUCCUUUCAAGGAGCUUCAUAUCACCAGCACAGUGAUGAAAGGAGACAGCUUUGGCUCUCGCAGACCAGGUGUGAUAGAGGUGAUGCAUAACCUGGACUACUGCGACGUGCUGGUGAUUGGGGAAGAGUUGAAUCCUGAGAGAGAGAGUCUGGAGAUUAAUCACAGUGCUUUGCUGGGAAAACACCUGGAUGCCACUAACUCCACCUCUGGUAUAUCAAUAUAUGGUGUGGACUCCAUGGCCCACUAUGAGCAGGCACUCAGACAGCUGCGCUACAGGAACUGGCGACCCGCCACCUUGAGCGAGAGAAGAUUCAGACUCACCUGCUCUGAACUUAAUGGACGUUACACCAGCAAUGAGUUCAAUUUAGAGGUCAGUGUUCUCCACCACUCAGCACCUGUGGAACAUAUCAACCAUAUGGCUGCUCAGCCUCAGUACCUGAGACCAGUCCAUCACCCUCUCAUGAUCCACACUCUCAACUCACACAUGUCAGGACCAGCACCUCCAGCAGCCACAGUAGUUAUUGUGGUGUGUAUCGCUGCCCUGGUGGUGAUUGUAGUAAUUGGAGUUUACAGGAUCCAUGCCACACAUCAAGAGGGAUCCAGAGAAGAUGAGGAUAGCGUCAAAGACCCAGAGGAAGACUGGGACAACUCUGCACUCACCAUCACUGUCAAUCCCAUGGAGAACAUACAAGGAGCUCAGGCACUGGAUGAAGAUGUGAAAGAAGAAGAACGCGAGGAGGGGGAAGAAAAGGAAGAGAAACAAGUGGAAGAAAUUACAAGUGCUGAGUCAGACAACAGCGAUGAAGAUGAAGUGGAAGAAGAAGAAGAGGAGGUGAAAGAGAGGAAGAAGGGAAAAACAGAGUGGGACAGUUCCUCCAUGACAUAUUGACCACAUAAGCACACACAUUAACAAAAACCUGCUCAUACAAACACUCUUUACAUGUUUAUCUCCCUCUCUCUCUGUCUUUCUCUAUUAAACACACUCACACACAAACACACACCUUCAGACACCUUAACAAGCUCAACACAAGUACAUAAAAACACUAAAAAUUCUCAGAAAUAUAUCUACAAUCAUUUGCUGGAAAAAAAAAACCACACGCUGAAUCUUCCCCUUUGUCAUUUUUAGUUAAAUGUCUCCCUCUGAUGGACAAACUUGGAACUACAGACUUAUCUGUAGUCCCUCUGUGCUGGAAAACAUGUUGUCUGUAUGUCCAUUAUACUUCACAUCACAGUCAGUGAAUCAAAAUAUAUAGAGGAUAUCAAACAAGCACAGUUUAUUUUGUUGUGCUCAACUGGCCAGAAGUUUGUUGGUAAAAUUGAAUUCCAAUUCUCAGUGUCUCUCAUAUUUACACUAAAAUGAUGUGGGUUUUUUAUCCCAGCAUUUAUUUUUUAAAAGUUACAUAUGUCCUCAGAUUACUUUUGUAUUGUUCAUUUAUUCUAAAGAGAUGAUCAGCAAUAUGAGGGGUACUUAACAGAUUUAGCAUUCAUGUACAUGACCGUCAGUCAAUGUGUCCAUAUACUAUUUAUUUGGCCUAAAUAGUAGGUGUAACAAAACUGUCAUCCAGUGUGUCUCCUCUGUGGUUAUCUUUCUCAUAUUAUGUUUCUUCAGCUAUAUCACAGUUCUGUGGUCUGGGCAACGAAGAGACUGAUUAAAAAUGGAUACAUUUAUAUGUAUCUAUUUUUCUUGCCAUACACUUUCCUCUGUAGUCCCGAUUUAUGUACAAUGCAGAAAUAUUAACAGUCCAAUGUUAUCUAUCUUGGUUUUCUCAGAAGUAUUAUCACUGCUUCGUCAGCUAAUGUGCUAAUGAAAAAAGAGGAUUGCAGUUAAAAUACUUUUGGAAACAAAAUAUUCUGCUAUUUUUCUUUGCAUCUGUCUGUGUAGCACAUUAAUCCGAACUGUGGCCAAUUGUAGCCUUUGGUGUUGCAGGAUAUUUUUUAAUCAGCAGAUGAAAUAAUUACUGUAUGAUACCCAUAAAACUUAUUUUUUUUCUUAACAUAGUAAUGGGAGCUUAUGUAAGAGGAUUAGGGCCACUGAAAAAAAAAUGUAAGGUCAUAAUUUUUUUUUUAAUUAUUAGUCUGAGAAAAAAGUCAGAAUACUGAGAAAAAAGUCAAUUCAGACUUUUUCUCAGAGUAAUAUAUAUACUUUUUUAAAUUGACCUUAAACUUUUUUUUUUUCUUCAGUUGCCCUAAUCCUCUUCCAUAUGAGCACUCUACUCAACUCAAGUUACUCUAGCAAUGACUGUUUUGAAGAAAUUUGACCCAUUUUUGAAGGAUGGAUCUGUUUGAAAAAAAACAAAGGUCAGACAUGCAGCACAGGCAGAGAUAGCCUUAUUUUAGUGUCUAGUGUGGUUCAUUAAAAAAAAUACAUUGAAACCUACACUGCACAUAAAGAAACUCAGUAUUGUCAUUUUUUUUACAUCCUAGUUUGACAGAUAUUGAAACUGACAGUACAAUCAUUUAACAGUCGGACUUCAGACAGGAGCAUAAAGCGGUCUGAUUCUUGUCUAUGGAAGAAUUAUCUGCUUUGAGUUCUUGAUUGAUUAAGACUUGACUUAUGACAUAGCAUAUGAGUAGACUUGGUCAGUUAUGUUUAACUCAGAAAAAGUUCCAGUGAAAGUUACAAGGACUUUUAUGUAGUAAGAUAAAUUAACAAAUACUCAUCCUUAAUUACUGCUACUUUUGACAAGUACAUUUAAGACAGGUGAAGAUUUAUACAGCAACAUAAUAUGGAUGAGAAUAAUCAGGAUUUGGAAAUCUGCUGGUUUAUUAUCCAUGUUCAAGUAAUGCUAAAGAAGUAGUUUUAUUCUAGUUAUCAAUGUACAACUGGCUGGACCAACCUGAACACAAAAAACCUUCAUAAUAUGAAUGAAUCCAGAUUUAAAAAACACUCCAAAUGGGAAUAUUUACUACAUACAGUGUAACAGGGGGCGCCAAAGUCCACAUAACCUAAAAGUUCCUCACAGUAACUUCAAAUGAAAUGUUUUAUGUUUGAUGUUUAAUAUUCUGACAGGACAUAAUCCAUUAUUUUUUACUACGUCAAUGUCUGUUUUGUCCACUUUUUCAAUGGGGCAGGUCAGCUUUUGGAUAAAUACAAGUAUAAAAAUGUAUACAGUAUAAACUACACUGUAAAAAUGCUGUAUUGUUUAACCAAUAUGCAAGGGAUAAUGUAUAGUGAGCAACUUGUGCAAGUCAGAAUCUUGACAGGGUGAGCAGAACCAUGAUGUGAAGCCUGCUUAUUUAGUAACUGUAACUAACGUUUUUUUUUUCCAGUCUUGACACUGUGGUAAAACUGGCCCAAAAUAUGAUCUUGUUGGUUUGUCUACAUAUAUUCAGAUAGCCUAAAUGUAACUCCAAAUCCCUCUUCACACUCCAUUUUCUACUCAGAGAAAUUACUUGACUUAAUGGUCAUGCUUGUAUACUUUCAGUGACUGAUGCAUCUCCUGUUAAUCCCUCCUCCCUCUUUUGGACUUUGACCUCCUGUGAUUGUGAUGUCAUCAUUGUGAAACAACUGCCUUGUUUCCCUUGUCAACCUUUGUCAUAUUGUGCUUCAGAAAGAUUACAGAGAAAAAGAUUCUUUUACAUAUAAAAACAAACCCUGUAAAAAUGUUCAAGACAGUUAUUUUAUAUAUCUGUUUCUUUUUCUUUUUGUAAACUAAACUGUUGGGAUUUCUCACUCUUUAGGGGUCAUCCCACUGCUUUCUGUAUAUUGACCAAUAAAGACUUGUUUUAGACUCUAA